GCUGACAAGAUCCGUGUUGGGGUGGUGGCGUCUGGUUUGCGUUCAGCCUAUAUGGAGGAAUAUAAAUGCGUAUUUUUAGCUCCGCUGAUAGGAAACGCGGUUGAAACAUGAGAUCCUCCGCGGGACCCUGUGUGGAGAGAAGAAAACGGACUCGCUUCGAUCAUCAUUCUCCAUAAAGGGACCUUUUUUGGUUUUUUAAUGUUUUAUUGUGUUUAGGGGUCACUUUUAUGUCGGUUUUAUGCCGCCGAGUGGAGCCUGAGGAAGGGAUGUAGAUGUGGUAAUAUUGAAAGGAUUCAAGUUACAUUGCUUUCCUCUCUUUUGGAGUAAAGCGCGGUGGUUUGCGUCAGCGAGGCUGUGGACACAAAGCCGAGCAGUCUCAACCAGACUUCGUGUUAAUAUCACUAGAUUUUUUCCAACUUACACCGACCACAUGUCACCGGUACGAGGUCUGGCUUUGUUCUAAUCGCAACUCCUGCAGCAUGAAGACUCGUUAACCCUGCCCCAUGCACGGAAACUAAAUCGAGUCGGGAACCAAAGGAGUAGGAGGAGGAAGAAAAGAAGGAGGCGACAGGGUGGAGGACUGGGGAGAGAAACGGUAGAAAGAAACAGUUGUGGAGGAGUGAGAGAGAGAGGGAGAGGUCUGCAACAAAAAAACGAGAAAAAGGCGUUUGUUUGUUCUGCAGCGGUCCGGAGGGAGACGCGGCGCGGUUCGUUUGUUUCGAGGUGCGACAAUAAGAAAGAAACACCAUCAAUUCUGGAUUUCUUUAUCCGCUUCCUGUCAUCCAGGAUGAGAUUCAAAAGGAACGGGUCCUAUACGUUAAAUAGGAAGUCCAAAACGAAGCCAAAUGGAAAGAAGCCACCAGCAGAAGAGAAGAAACAGUACUUGGAACCAGAGUUUACGAAAGUCCGCGUGGUGGACUUCGACCUUAAGGAGUUGGUGGUGCUGCCCAGAGAGAUAGAUCUCAACGAAUGGCUAGCCAGCAACACAACAACAUUCUUCAAUCUUAUCAACCUUCAGUACAGCACUAUCUCAGAGUUCUGCACUGGGGAGAUCUGUCAAGCCAUGACGGCCUGCAACACAAUAUACUACUGGUAUGACGAGAAGGGGAAGAAGACGAAGUGCACUGCUCCACAAUAUGUAGACUUUGUAAUGAGUCUUUGUCAGAAACUGGUCACAGAUGAGGAAAUCUUUCCUACAAAAUAUGGCAAAGAGUUCCCCAACUCCUUUGAGUCCUUGGUAAAGAAGAUCUGCCGGUACCUGUUCCACGUGCUGGCUCACCUCUACUGGGCGCACUUUAAAGAGACGGUAGCUCUGGAACUGCAGGGCCACUUGAACACUCUGUAUGCACAUUUCAUCGUUUUCGUAAGGGAAUUCAACCUGGUCGACCCCAAGGAGACCUGUAUCAUGGACGACCUGUCCGAAAUCCUCUGCGCCCCUGCCCCGCUGCCAGCACUAACCCCGGCCCCCUCCGCCACAGCACCCUCCCCUUCUUCACAAAACCACGUGACGGAGAGAUGAGCGGGGGGGCGGUGGUAAAACGGCAGCCGCGGGGGUGUUAGAAGAUCAGAUGGAGAAGGACAGACAGCCAGGCCCUGGUGCAAGCAGGACUUAAGAGACCUUCCACUACCCUUAUAUUUCGCUACAACUCCAACCAACCAGCCGGAAGGAAAGGGCGGGAGGGGGGAUUUUUCAAGGGGGAGGGUUGGGGUGGUGGGUAGGGGAGGAGUUUGUCACGCCAGCAGGAAUUGGCGUGAGCGUUCCUCCAAGGGACAAAUUCCUCCCACCUUCUCUGCAAUUUAAACUAGGAACAAAAAGUAUGUCUUUUAUUUUUUUUGGUUUUUAUUUUCUUUUAUUUUUUGUUGACUUUUUAUUUUUGGUUUGAGAGGGAGGUGCAGUGUGUUUGUCAGCACUUCACCUCCCUCUAUCCUCUGCCU